CCAAAACACAUGGUGGCUCCCUGCCUCGCGUGUGAGCGACGUCGGCUGACAUGGAGACCGAGGAUGUCAAUUUACGCAGUGAAAUAACACUUCUUUCACAGAUAGACCAAAAGUGCAAUGGUGCCUUCCAGAAGUUCUUGGAAAUUGAGGAGUGGGACAAAAACCAAUGGGAUGAGGUGCUCACUGCAGUGGCGGCUGCACUCUUAGACCCAGACUUGACUCUCCUGGUUGGAGCAAAUCUGCGACCAUGGCUAUUGGAGCUGCUGUCUCAUGCCAAAGAGGUUGUGAAGAAAAUUGAUGCACAUCCUGCUUUCUGUGUUAGUCUUAGCAAGCUUGUCACUGUCAGCAAUGAUGUCAGCAGAUUUGUACUCAAGUAUUUUCAGAGUGCUCCUGCACCAUUCCAUGAGCAGGAAGGAAAUUCCUGUGAACCAAAACAAAAGAAACUCAAAAAUGGUCAUGAGCUUCAGAGGCAUUGUGUUGCAGAUGUUGACAUAGCAAAGGCAACGUACAUACUGCUACAACAUGUUGGAGAAGACCUGACUUACUUGUGGAAAUGGUCGGAUAUAUUACCAUUCUUAAAUCACAGUUCAGAAGAAGUGAGAUGGCUGAUGUGUCAAUGUAUAGCAAUUUUAUCCAGAAUGACUGAAAUGCAGAGAGAGUCUUUAAUAAGAAAGCAUGUACCUGAGGAGGUACACAUUAGAUUGUCUGUAGAGAAUACCCUGACAUCAAAACCAAAGUUACCAGAAAUAUUGGGAGAGACAAGAGAAAUGAGUGAGUGUCAGCAGUUCCAACACACUGUUGCAGUUGGGCUUGUGGCACUGCCAGUCUAUAGCAAGGAGGAUCAGAAAGCGGAAGGUUGCUUAGUUAAGGUUCCGUCGACCAGGCGCAACCUUGAGUGUCUAGCAUUGGCGAUAAGCAGAGGUAAUCCAGUAUUAAUAGAAGGAGUUGUUGGAAGUGGGAAGACCUCAUUGGUGGAGCAUUUAGCAUGCAUUACUGGAAGAACAAAAGCUCCUCUGUUGAUAAAGGUUCAGCUUGGAGACCAAACAGACAGCAAGACACUCCUUGGAACUUACUGUUGUACACAGACACCUGGAGAAUUUAUUUGGAGGCCAGGCUCAGUAACACAGGCUGUGAUGCAAGGCUACUGGCUACUUUUAGAGGAUCUGGAUUAUGCUCCUAUGGAUGUCAUAUCUAUCUUGGUUCCACUUCUUGAGACGAGAACACUACCUCUGCCAGGUCACGGAAAUGUACGAGCCCAUCCAGACUUCCAGCUCUUUGCCACACGACGGACUCUAGGAGGAGCCAAGAUGGUCAGUGGAAAUGCAGGAUUGUUAGAGAAGCUGUGGCUGAAGAUUACACUGGAAACCCUGAAGCAUUCUGAACUGAAGGAGAUUGUGACUACCAGGUGGCCUGUCCUUGAGACUAUAACAGACAAGCUUGUUGGAACAUAUCUAAUGAUGUCUGCUGGACACCACGAAGAUGACAGGUCCCAUGUAAGUCAGGAUGACAUAGUAGAUUUGACCACUGUUAAGGUGUCUGGCCGCCUAGUAUCCACAAGGGACCUCAUGAAGUGGUGCGCAAGGGUGUCUGAGCACAUAGAGAACAAGGAUAGCGAUUUAGCUCAGAGGGCUUUCCAGGAAGCUCUUGAUGUAUUUUGUGCUGCAAUUCCAAAUAAGUCUGCAAAAUUCACCUUUGCACUGCACAUUGGAUCCUUCAUGAACAGAAAUCGGGCAGAAUCUGAAUAUUAUUGCACAAAGUAUAUGCCUGAAAUUAAAUUCACUAACGCGCACAUAUCCAUUGGUGAACGUGUAAAACUGCCCAAAAAAUGUGAUGAUUCCCUGUCUCUGAAGGAAGUCAAGCAGUAUACCUUUUCCUUCACAAGACCUGCCUUGUCUUUGUUAGAGAGAAUAGGAGUUUCCUUAUUAAAUGAGGAGUCAGUCUUGAUUGUGGGUGAGACUGGAACAGGCAAAACCUCUGCUGUGCAGUAUCUUGCUCACCAGACCAGGCAGAAAUUACGGGUCAUCAACAUGAAUCAACAGAGUGAUUCCUCAGACCUCUUGGGUGGUUUCAAGCCAGUUGACCUGAAGACAGUUGUGGCACCAAUAAGGCAGGAAUUUGAACACCUUUUCACCAAAACAUUUUCAGCUAUGCAGAAUAACACAUUUCUUCAGCAUAUAAUGGUUUGUUAUAUGAACAAGAGGUGGAAUGACUUAUUUGCUCUAAUGUCUCACACAAAUCAGAAGGCUGUGAAGAAAAUUAAGGAUGAAAUGAAGAAUAAGAGUAAUGCAAAGAAGAUUAGACAGUCUAAGCUGAUGUUAAGUAAAUGGGAAGACUUUGGUUUUAGAAUGCAGACAGUGAAGGAGCAAGUGAGUCAAACACAAAAUGUAUUUGCAUUUUCAUUUAUUGAAGGAGUUCUCAUCAAGGCAAUACAAGAAGGUGAGUGGGUAUUGCUAGAUGAAAUCAAUUUAGCAAGUGCUGAAACCCUAGAGUGCUUGUCAAGUUUACUAGAGUCAAAAACUGGUUCCUUGACUCUGUUGGAGCGAGGGGACACACAGCCCAUUGUCCGACACCCAGCAUUCCGCCUGUUUGCAUGCAUGAAUCCAGCAACUGAUGUUGGGAAAAAAGAACUACCUGCUGGCCUGCGAAAUAGGUUCACAGAGUUCUUCAUGGAAGAAUUAGAAACUGGUCAGGAUUUGAUCAUUAUCAUCAAGGACUAUUUGGAGAAGUUGGGACCAAAUAUGAAACAAAUUGAGGGUAUUGUGAAGUUCUACAAGAAUGUAAGAGAAGCAAAUGUCAAGUUGCUCAAUGAUGGCAUGGGCCACAAACCACAUUUCAGCUUGCGUACCCUCUGCAGGGCCCUGGCUGUUGCUGCAAGAAAUCCAUGCUCAAGUGUAAAGAGGUCCUUAUAUGAGGCCUUCUGUUUGGCCUUUCUUACCCAGUUAGACAAUCCAUCAUAUGCAUACAUGGUGAUGCUAAUCAAGAAAUACAUUUUGGGAGUAGAUUCCCAAACAUAUAACAGCCUUAAGGGCAAGAUUCCACUAGACCCAAUUGCUAAGCCAAAGAACGUUGAAACCGUGAAGGUGGAAGAUUUUUGGGUACCAGUUGGUGAUACAGAACCACAGAGUCCUCAUAAUUAUAUCAUCACAAAAACAGUGAAGAAGAACCUGCUUGAUAUAGUGCGUGUUGUGAGCAUUGGCAGGUUUCCAGUGCUGCUUCAGGGAGAGACCUCAGUUGGCAAGACCUCCCUUAUUAUGUACCUUGCACGGAUCACGGGAACAACUUGUGUCCGUAUCAAUAAUCAUGAACACACAGAUCUUCAAGAAUAUGUUGGCUCAUAUGCACCAGAUGAGAGUGGAAAGCUUGUUUUUAAGCAUGGUGUCCUUGUUAAUGCAAUGCGCAAUGGACACUGGAUUAUCCUUGAUGAGCUUAACCUUGCCCCCACGGACGUACUAGAGGCACUGAAUCGUCUUUUGGAUGAUAAUCGGGAACUUUUCAUCCCAGAAACACAGGAAACUAUUAAAGCUCAUCCUAAUUUCAUGCUGUUUGCCACACAGAACCCACCAGGUUUAUAUGGUGGUCGAAAGGUCUUGUCCAGGGCUUUUCGUAACAGGUUUGUUGAGCUGCACUUCCAGGAAAUCCCAACUCAGGAGUUAGAGAUAAUCCUACAUCAGAGGUGUGAGAUCCCUUUGUCCUACAGCAAGAAAAUGGUUGCUGUCUUACAUGAAUUACAGAACAUGAGGAGGAGUUCAAAUGUCUUCCAGGGAAAGCAGUCCUUUAUCACCCUUCGUGACCUGUUCCGCUGGGCUGAGCGUUACCGUCUCGCUCCAAAACAGACCACCAAGUACUACGAUUGGAACCAGCACCUUGUGGAUGAAGGCUACCUAGUGUUAGCAGGAAGAGUGAGAGAGGAGGAGGAAGUGGAAGCCAUUAAGACAGUACUUGAAAAGAGGUUCGGCAAAGCAGUAGAUGUGGAAUCCCUGUUUGUGCUCUCAGAGAAAACAUCACCAGUCACAAAAGAGUGUUUAGAAAAAUUAUCGACAGUCAAAGGCUUUGAGCAUGUAGUUUGGACACAAGACAUGAGUCGACUCUAUGUCCUGGCAGCCAAGUCAUUAAGCUUCAAAGAGCCAGUGUUGUUAGUAGGAGAAACAGGUUGUGGUAAGACAACUGUCUGCCAAAUGAUAGCAGCUCAAAAACAUCAGGAACUUUUCACUAUCAACUGUCACAUGCAUACUGAGGGAGCUGACUUCCUUGGUGGAUUGCGUCCUGUUAGAUCACACACAGAAGAAGACGACCGAUUGUUUGAAUGGGUGGAUGGGCCCUUGAUUCUGUCUAUGAGGGAUGGUGGCAUGUUUCUGGCUGAUGAAAUUUCACUUGCUGAUGACAGUGUUCUGGAGAGACUCAACUCUGUUCUUGAGCCAGAGCGUAUGCUGGUUCUGGCGGAGAAGGGGACAGAUGGAGUUGAGUAUGAAAGCAAUCCUGACAUUAUAUAUGCUCAUGAGGACUUCAGACUCAUUGGCACUAUGAACCCUGGUGGAGAUUAUGGCAAGAAGGAACUGUCCCCUGCUCUCAGAAAUCGCUUCACUGAAAUCUGGUGUCCAAAAGUUGAGAUUGGGAGACCUUCAUCUGGUGUCCUGGAGAUCAUUGAGCAUAAUGUGAAGGAGGGAAUCAUCCUUAAUGGUGAUGAUAAUACAAGUGGAUUUGGAAAAGCAAUGUUUCAGUUUCUGGAGCACUUCAUCCGAACAGAAUUAGGAAGCAAGUGUGUCAUAAGUAUAAGAGACUUACUGUCCUGGGUCACUUUCAUAAACAAAGUCACAGAAUCUGAAUGCUUAGAUCCUGGAUUAGCUUAUAUCCAUGGAGCAUGUCUUGUUUUGCUUGAUGGACUGGGAUCAGGCCGCACUGGCACAGGUUUGAAAGGAUGGAGAAAGUUGAGAGAAGGAUGCCUCAGUUACCUCUGUCAGCAAGUUUGGCAGAAAACUGGUGUACAACCAAGUACAGUAACACUAGAUGGAAAAUUAGGGAUGCAGCUGAAUUUUAUAAACAACGAUACACACUUUGGUAUUGAACCAUUCAUUAUACCUAAAGGACCAAUCAAAGAAAACAAAACAAUGAUGUUUACCUUCAAAGCUCCCAGAACCUGUGUAAAUCUCCUCCGUUUGUUGCGAGGAUUACAGCUUUCAAAACCAUUGUUGCUGGAAGGCAGCCCAGGUGUAGGAAAAACCAGUUUAGUGAUUGCUUUAGCAAAAAGUUCUGGAAAUAACAUUGUAAGAAUCAAUUUGUCAGAGCAGACAGAUGUAAGUGAUCUCUUUGGUGCAGACUUGCCUGUUGAAGGUGGAGAAGGAGGAAAAUUUGCAUGGCGAGAUGGACCUUUGCUCCAGGCCCUUCGUGAGGGAUCAUGGGUAGUUCUGGAUGAACUAAAUCUUGCAUCUCAGUCAGUACUGGAGGGUCUUAAUGCCUGCUUUGAUCACAGAGGAGAGAUUUUUGUGCCAGAAUUAGGCAAAGUGUUUAAAAUUGAACAUCAGACUACCAAGAUAUUUGCUUGCCAGAACCCCCAGUUUCAGGGAGGUGCUAGGAAAGGUCUUCCAAAGUCUUUCCUCAACAGAUUUACGCAGGUUCACAUUGAACCACUUUCUGCAGCUGAUCUUGAGUUCAUCCUGGGCAUUUUGUAUGAGAGUCUUCCCCAAGACAUCAUUGCAAAAAUGGUAAAGUUCAAUACAGAGCUUGUGCAGGAGAUAUCAGAGCAAGGUCUUUGGGGACACUGUGGUGGACCAUGGGAGCUCAACCUUCGAGACAUGUGCAGAUGGUGUGAUAUCAUGUUAAAGCAUCAAUCAGAAAGCAGUUUCAACCCAGGCGAGUAUGUUGGAAUCAUAUACUCGGACCGCAUGAGAACUGCAGCAGAUAAGGAAAAUGUCUUCACAGUUUACAACCGUAUCUUUGGAGAGGCUUACCCAGGCUACCAAAGUAUUGGAAGAUUCCACAUGACGCAGAAGACAGUUCAAGUUGGGCAUUCCUUUAUUGAUCGAAAGACAGAUGGAGAUUAUAGUCGUGAGGACAACAGUGGAGAACUUUUUGUUAUUCACCAUCAGUUGCCAAUCAUAGAGAGCUUGAUAAGCUGUGUGAAUAUGAACUGGAUGGCUUUGAUGGUGGGAGCUUCAGGUGUUGGAAAAACAUCAGUGGUAAAGCUGCUAGCCAGGUUGACUGGAAACCAGCUUUACACAUUCACAGUUAACUCUGAUAUGGAUGUCACUGAACUGCUUGGAGGCUUUCAACAGGUUGAUUAUGGGAGAUCUCUAGGAGAUAUAGUAGAACAAACAGAAAGUGCAGUUUCAGCAGCUGUGAGACAGUUGGUGUUGGCAAGUUCCUGUGCACAUGCCAAAAAGAUCCUGAAGUCAUGGGAACUGUUCAUCUCUGUUCAUAAUGACAAGACAACUAGAACAACCUCUGGAGAAGUGGAGCACUUCCUUCAUCGUUGUGAUCUUUUGCAAGACCUUUUACAGUCAUUGACAGAGAUUAGUGAGAAUGAUAAGCUACAGGACAAAUCCCCAGUUAAGACUAGACCAAAAAAGAGAAGGAAAUCAGAGCAGAAGUUCCAGGCUGUGAGUGAUAAUGGCAAGAGCCUUGAAGAGCUUGUUAACAUUUCAAAAAUGUUGAGUGAUGUGAAGAAGCUACAGAAUCAGGUUAAAGAGGCUGGUAUAAUAUCAGGGGGUGGCACCUUCCAGUGGGUUGACUCCAUCCUUGUCAAGGCUGUACGAGAAGGCUACUGGCUGUUGGUGGAGGGAGUAAAUGUCUGCUCUCCAUCUGUACUGGAUCGUUUGAAUGCUCUUCUGGAACCUGGAGGAGUCCUGACCAUCAGUGAAAGGGGUGUCGUAGAUGGUGCUGUCCCGUUUGUAACACCACACAAAGAUUUCCGUCUUUUCCUUGCCAUGGAUCCACAAAAUGGAGAGAUAUCACGAGCAAUGAGAAACCGUGGCAUUGAAAUUUGUUCUGUGAACACAUGGACAAAGCCACAGGACUUCCGUGCCUUAUUGCUUCAGAAUGGUAUAACAUCUUCAAAACUGCAGAACACCCUGUAUGAGGGUUACAGACUGCUUACAACAGAACUCCCAGUACAUGAGCGACCAAGUAUUUGCCAGUUCAAGCAGACAGCAUCUAUGGUGAACCAGUUAGUCCAGCGAGGUUUUGGAGGAGAAUUGGCUGUUAGAAAAGCUUUGGCUGUAGUAUACAUCAGAUCUCAAGGAAAGGCACAGUUACAGGAGGAAAUCAAUCAUAUUCUACAUGUAAUGCCAGACUUCUUGGAAAAAUCCAUGAACCUUCCUUGGCCUCUAUAUGAGCAUCAGACCCUGAGUGUAUGCAGGCUGAGUGGAGGAAGCAGCUUAGCACAUGCAAAGGUGCUUUCAUCACUUCUACAUUCCAUCAUUCUGGCUCAGAUAUAUCCAGAAUCUGCAGAGGCAUGCAGUACAGAAACCCUGCCGGCAGCCUGUCCUCUCCCUGCAAUGCCAAACAGUGUAAAGAAUUGCAUAGCUCUCAUUCUGACCUUGACACCUCUGGACAACUGGCAAAUGAUCCACAAAUUGCUGAUGAAGCUAAUCAGCAAGCUUCCUCAGAAAGCAAAUCCUCUUGGGGAGUUGGUGGUGUCUGUUUUACAGUCCAUUGUUUCACAGAAAGUGUGCAAAGCAUCUGAAACCUUACAAGCUUGUUUGGGAAAUUUCCUAGCUGUUGAUCCACGUUUCAACGUACAUUCUCUAGAAGUGCAAGAAUGUAACAAGUCAGAAGUUGAUGUCGAAAGUCUUGCAAACAAAUCAAAAGUAUGGAUAUGGAAAAGUGUGAAUCAGUAUUUUGAAGAAAAUCCUGAGGACAAGAAAGAAAAUGAGAAGAAAAAAAUGGAUGCCAUGACACUAUUAGAGAUUUCUGAAUCUAUCAGCAAGGGUCGUGCAGGGAAACACCUGAUUCAUCAUCCCUCAAUUCCAUUGCUAUAUCCAUUCUUAAAGGGCAUCGAUCAGCUCGUCUCAGCCCUCACCGAUAAUACUCAGGUGCCUCUCACAGAUCUCGAAUGGUGUCACUUAGCGAGUUCCCUUCACUGGCAAGACCGCCUGACUAAGCUCUGUUCUAAAGUCAUUGAAAAGUCCAGGUUUCAUUUGUUUUUGCCUCAGCUGACCUUACACUGGGAGUGGAUUGAUCAGUAUUUAUUGAAGAAAAUCCCUGAAACUUGGAAUGAAAUAGCUUCAGCAAAAUUGAAGAGCAUAGUAAGUCAGAUGCAAACCAUUUUUGAGAAGGAGUUUGGGACACUUCACAAACUGGCUGCAGAAUUUCGAUCUCAUAUGGCGCCAGCUCCAUUCAUUUCACCAUUUGUGUCAGAUGCCCAAGCUAAACUGAUGAGUCUUAUUGAUUCAGUAGCCCCAGCUGCAGAUAAACACAAAGUAAACUUGUUUAUGGCUUCCAAACUUGGAAUUGAAACACGAGAGUCACUGAUGCAGAGAGCAGUAGAGGUUGGUGGUUGUAGCAGUGAGAUAGCUGAUCAUGUAGAUGUUCGAAUUGAUACCUUGGAAAGUAUGAUAAACAGUAAAUGCCUGCAGAAUGAAAGGCUACUCACAUCCAAAGAUGUGGAUCUGACUGUCCUUACUAUUCAGACUUGGCCAUUGCAAGACUAUUUGGCCCUAAUAGGACUGUCUUUGGGAAGAAUUAGUAAUGAGAUCCCCAAACAUAUUUCAGAUAUGUUGUGUGUUGCCCCUGGAGUGUUUAAAGAAAUGGCAUCCAUUCUAUCUUGUCCAGGGGUCCAAUCAGGCACUGCAGUUGACACUCACUACUACUUGACAAUGAGACAAAGCACUGCAUUUAAUAAGACAUACUCUUUCUUAGAAUACACACUUCAUUCAUCAGAAGAUGAUCAAGAAAAUGAAAAAGAUAGACAUGCACAUCUCUAUCAUCCAUCUGCAUGUCAGCUUACAUACAUUCUGUCAACAGGCAACAACAGUCCAGGUAGUGGAAAUGAAAACAUUAUAGAAGAGGUUGCUGUUGGACUUCACAUAGAAAAGGUUUCUCAGUUACAGUCAACUCGUUCCACUCUCUGGAGUAACUGGACAUGUCUAACUGAUCCAGAUUCCAGCUAUGAAGCAUCAUUUACAAGAGCUGCUCUUGCUUACAUAGCUUCUACUUUAAGCACUCUAGCUUUCAUUUGUCAUAUUGACAUGCCAUCUAAUGUUGGUGUUUCUGACUUGCAAACUGCAUCAAGUCUUGCAGUGAAACUUGCAGAUUCAAGCCUUAGUUUUAUACCUGAAAAUUGCAAGGAACUGCUUCUUGAAAUUGCAGAUAGUGUUGUUGAACUUGAGAAGUGCAGCAGUGAUUGGCAAACCAAAUCUGUUCUAGCAGCCCAUGCUGUUUUGGCUGUGGGGAUGUUCCGCACAAGCUUGUUGGCUUACAUGGAGCCAGUGGACUCUGCUCAACGUGUGUGCUUUCUCUUGAGGUAUUAUGAAGAAGAAAUGGAUGACUUGCAGUCCAAUAUGAUGUUAGCAGACUGGUGUGAAUGUUUGCAAGGUGGUUUAGGUAAUGCUCCUCUAAGACUUUCUCAUCCGCAUGGAACACUAAUGAAAGAAAGGCAUGAGUAUUUGAAAGAUGAAUCUCAUAAACUAAACCAGAAGGUAGCAUACAGACCAGACCCACCAACGUAUCCUCAGCUAAAACAAGACAUUCAUCAUUUUCUGUCUACUGUUUUCUAUAUUGAGAAAUUUAAGCAGUUAUUGGUUGGGCUGAAGUGUAAAGAAAGUUCAAUUGAGGACAAAACCAUAUUGAUGGUAGAUGUUAUGCUCUCUUCCUGUGAUAAUUUUGUUAAGCAAAUGGUCCGCCAGUAUCCUCUUUAUCGAGACAUAACUUACCCACUACUUCAGUCUGUCACCAUGUCCUGUGAGGCAUUGCGUCUCCUAGUGACACGUGCCCGUAUCCAGAGGGUCAGUGCUAGUUGUGGCACAAAUGUAACUGAGAGUUUGGCCCAGUAUUCUUCAUUCCCUGUUUCCCGAGAGCCUUUAGACCCCUUGAAGCAGCUAAGUAAGCAGAUGGAAGUGAAGCAGACUGUAGCUGUUUUGCUUCCAGAGGAUGAGUAUCCUGGUCAGGCAAAGCUUCUUAGUACGUUGGUACUACGAUCUGUACUUCUAGACCUGUUCAGUACAACUUUGACUCAAGCCUGUUUAGACAGGAAGGCUGUUCAGAUGAUCAUGCAUUUACUGGAACAAGUCACAACAAUCUGGCGCCAUCAGGAAGAGGAAAAAGCUCUGAAAGCACAAGAGAAGGAGAGCCUAUAUCGUUAUAAGGACCGGACUAUGGCUGCAUCAGAGACAGAAGAAGAAAGCAUUGAAAGAGAAUUCUCUGAAGCUUUUCCUUCCUUUGAUGAUGAGUUUGAUGAUCUGGAGGGCAUAAACUUAAAUGAUUCAUCUUAGGUCAGUUAAGUGAUAAAGAGGUGCAGGAAAUCAGUGAAUUACAUCGUCUGUUGUUUACUAAUUUGGUGAAUACUUCAUGGCGCAGUGCACCCUCAACUCCAAGUGUGAGCCCCGCUUCUCAGAUGAUACCAGCAUCAAUCAUAAGACUGCGUGUGUUGCGAACUAUCAUCAACACCAUUGGACCCAUUGCUGGCAGUCACUUGGAUCGAGUAUCACUGGGCGCUCACAUUCUCAGUAACCACAAUUCCUGUGCCAUCCUUACUCAUGAUCCUCCAGCCCCUCUUGUUUCUCACCCAUACAACAUAUAUCUUGAUCCGAAUCCCCAAGAGGCCUUAAAGGUUCGGCCGCUCGUGCAAGCAGUGCGCGAACGAGUGGAUGAACUCUUGCGUUCAUGGCCAGAUCACCCUGUUCUGAUGAUGGUUAACACAGUGGUAAAUCGAGUAUUAAGUUUUACACUGACUUCACCAUUAAUGCGACAUAUUGUAGGCUUAGAAACAAUCCUGGAAAAAGCUCAAGAAUGGGAGAAAAAUGCUCAUGCCAGUGUCUCGAUGAUGGAACAAUUGGAAGCUGUGACACAUCAGAUCAUAGAGUGGAGGAAACUGGAGCUACAUGGCUGGAAAAACUGUCUGAAUAUGAUAACCCAUAAAGUUGCAACUGAAGGAAGGAAGUGGUGGCCUCACCUAUAUGAAGCAUUCCAAGUUGCACUUGCAGAAAAGGUCUCUUUGGAUGAAGUAUCAAAAACCCUAAAACAGUUCUUUGAGACUUCUCUACUGGGAGAUUUCCAGCUCCGUUUGGAAAUGUUGUAUGCUUUCCACUGUAAUCUUGCUGUCCUAGAAAAAAGUAAGCUUGUUGAGAAACUACUGGCUCUCACGUGGAAUCUCCACCAAUAUUACCUUCAGUACUUACCUGAAGUCACAGCCACAUUAAGUAAAGCAAGAAAGCCCAUUGACAAGGAAGUGAAAGGCUUUGUAAAAAUUGCACAAUGGCGUGAUAUCAACUUCUUCUCUGUACGUGAGUCUGUGAAUAAGAGCCAUCGGACUUUGCAUCGUCAUAUGCGUAGUUGGGAGAAAAAGCUCAGGCAGCCUGCUUCUCCACUGUUCCAUGAUGCAGACUCAGAGUUAUCACAAGAUCAGACAGGAGCUUGGGAUAAAGAACCAGAUAAUAACUCAGCCCUCCAAGUAGCUCCCAUAGUGCCAUCAAAGCCGAUUGAAGUUGAUGAUCUUGCUGAUGUACAAGAGAACACAGUGCUAGGGAAAUUGGGAGCAUUAACACCUCGAUGCCAUAAACUUGUGUACUCGACUUUGAAGACUCUACCUUAUGCAUCCCAUAUAGAAAUGGUUGAAGAGAUGACCGCUGCAGUCAUUACUAAUUACCAGGAGUUACAGGCAGCAGCCACAAAAGCAGAAGGCAUCACAGAGUCUGAGAAUCGUUUGAAGUCACUACGUAGUGUAAUGCAACGCCGCAGGGAUUCUCUAGCUCAGUUGUUCAAGGCACUUACAGCUACUGGUGUCACUUACACCCGUGGAAAUAGUAUGUGGAAUGAUGGGGAUGUUGAGAAGUGUUUACACCUCCCACCACUGAAUUUAGAAGUUGCUCAUUCAGGUAGUAAAUCCUUGAAAUCUGCUAGAGAAGCUUGGUCAGGAUGUCAGAAGUACCUGGACAGAUGCAUUGGAAGACAAACCCGACUCCUGACAGCCCUCCAACAGCCUCAUGGUGAUCUAGGUCCUGAGCUCAUCAAAAGGUUGCGUGGUGUGUCAUGCUACCUCUUCAUCUUGGCAAGAGACCAGCGAAAGGCAUUAGCAAGUAUUAGUGGUAACAGUCGUAGACUAAGUAACAUUUUGCAAGAUUUAGCAACUUUGUUUCUCUUAGAAUUGGCUGGCAACCCUUCAUGGAUUAGCUACUCUGCCUGCUAUAAAACAAUGGAGUUGAAAGAAAACUCUGCAGUGCCUGAUGAGAAGGACCUAGAGGAAGCAAAGAUCAUUCUUGGAGAUAUUGAAAAGUUGACUACAUAUUUUGCCAGGAAGUUAGCCAAACAAAUGGAACUUUUUGAAGAGAAUCGCAUGCUAACACAAGAACACACCAAAGUUUUUAGAGAAGCCAUGAAGGAAUUUAUCAUUGUGGGUGACAAGAUUCAGAAUGUUACAGUAUUGCUGUCUUCAAGUAAGGGCACUCAUUUGCCCGUUACUGACUCCCUGAACAUUUGGCUGAGGAGUUGGAAAUCAGUGGAGGCCGAUCUCACUUCUUUGGUGGACUCGGAAUCACAGGUGCAGGCUACCAGAUUAGUGGAAAGUUUGGAAAAUGACAGGAAAGCCUUGAGACUUGGGAAGGUGGUGAAAAUCCUAGAAGAUUUAGUAAAGAAAAGUGAAAAUCAUCCACAAAUCUUGCUUGUAUUGAAAUCCUCCCUACCUUUGAUAGAACAGUACCAAGCCUUGUGCCAGUCAGUGCUUACAUACAUGGCCCAUAGCAACAGAAGUAUUACAAAUUGCAUCGUUAUUAUGGCAAUUUCAUCGUUAGCUGUCAAAGGCUUCUGUCGGCCCAAGGAACUUGAGGAGGAGGCUGGAGAAGAGGGUGCCACGAAGUUUGAAGAUAGUGAAGGAACAGGCCUUGGAGAUGGUGAAGGACAGAAGGAUAUGUCUGAUCGACUAGAGUCUGAAGAUCAAUUGGAGUCUGCUCUCCAGGAGGGAGAAAGUGAGAAAGAGGGUGAUAAAGACUUAAAGGAAGACGAGGGAGUGGAAAUGAGUGAAGACUUCGAAGGAAAGAUGCAAGACGUAGAAAAGGGAGAUGAGGAUGACAAUGAAAGUGAAGAUGAAGAUGACAAGGAUAUGGAGGAACAGAUGGGAGAAACGGAAAAGGGCGCUGAAAAACUUGAUGAAAAAGUUUGGGAACAGGCGAAGAGAUCGAUGGGGAAUCAAAAAUGGUCGCUAAAGAUGAGAAGAAGAGCAACAAGGGAAGAGAUCAGGAUCAGAAAAAGAAAGAGAAACUCAAAGAAAUGGAGGAUAAAUUAAGAGAGAAUGAGGAAAAGGGUGAAGAGGAAGAGGAGUAUGAUGACAAUUUCAAGGACGAGUAUGGCGGAGAGGAAGGCAUGGAGAAUGAAGAUGAGGAUCCACCCAUGCAAUUACCCGAGGACAUGAACUUAGGCGAUGACAUCCGACGCAUCGAACGAUCAAGACAGCAAGACCAACGCAGAGGCAGCAGAGAUGGACACUACCCAAGCAAGCAAGGAUAUGACUAAGCAAAAGCCUAAGGAAGACGCAGGAGCUCAGCCCGAGCUGGACGAAGACGAGAAGCAGGAAGAGCACGGCCAGACGGGAGAGCAAACGGAAGACCAGGAAGGUGUGGGCGAGUCGGAGAGUCGCACGCGCGAGGAAGCCCACGAAGGAGAUAACUCUGCUUUGGUCACCGAAGACGCAGCCAACGAUAACACCGAUAUGGAGAAGCCCCGUCGACCAGGAGAGACGGACGAUGAUCGAACGCUAGGGGACGAAGAAAAUAGAGCACAACAAGGUCUAAUGUCAGUGAAUCCAAGACGGCGAAAUGACCAACGCCAAAACCAACAAGAACAGGAAGAAAAGAAGUCCAGCAAAGAGUACGAGCACAUAAACAAAGCCCAGAGCCAUUUCGACAAGCAGGUCGUGGAUGCCGGGACACAGGAGCAGGCCCAGGAAGCCCCUGCCCCUGCCAACACGGAGGAGGACGAGGAUAACAAAAUGGAGAACGAGGAGAUGAUGGACACUCCCAUGGAGGUUGAUGAGGAGUUAGGCGAGGCUGAAGACGAAAAUGAAGCACUGGGACAAGACAAAGAAAGAAAUGAAGGCAAGGACAGAGGUCAGUCGCAGCCUGACCCCCAGGGAGAAGAUGCCAAGGUGGAAACGGAGGGAGAGAUUAUCCUUGCGGCCACUGUGGAACGAGCACCGGAGAGCUUCAUUCACACCCUCUUAACAGACGAAAAUGAAUAUGAAGGAGGAGAAGAUGCAUACACAUUUAAUGAGAAUGAAGAAGAAACUAGACGGGACAUAGAGACUGCUACUGCUGUACAGACCGAGGACAGUGAUGCAGCUUGGACGAAGCACGAAGCCCGUGUGGCAAACAUGGCAUUGCAGUUGUGCGAGCAGUUGCGUCUCAUUUUAGAACCAACACAGGCUGCUAGAUUACGUGGAGACUACAGAACGGGAAAGAGAUUGAACAUGCGUAAAGUGAUACCCUACAUUGCUUCUCAGUUUAGGAAGGACAAGAUCUGGCUUAGAAGAACGCAACCCAGCAAACGAACAUAUCAGAUAAUACUAGCAGUGGACGAUUCCGAGUCCAUGGCUGAAACACGAACAAGUACUUUAGCAACCGAGAGUGUGGCCUUGGUAACGAAGGCGCUCACACUCCUAGAAUCCGGUGAAGUAGGUGUCCUCAGCUUUGGAGCUUCUACAAACGUCUUGCACCCAUUAGGCGAUACCUUCAAUGAUGAGUCGGGAAGCCGCAUUUUAGCCAACCUUACAUUCGAACAGAAAAUGACGAACUUUGGUAAACUCUUAGAGGAUGCUGUGGCCAUUUUCAAGGGAGUGAAGAGAUACAGCUCCCAUGGAAACCCAGACACCGCCCAGUUGCUUAUCAUUUUAAGUGAUGGUCAGACUCAUACCAGGGCAGAGCAGGUCAAAGCCGCUGUUAGAAGAGCAAGAUUAGAGAGGGUCUUCAUAGUCUUCAUUGUUCUUGAUGCAAAGGAUAGUCAGUAUUCUUUCUACGAUAUCCUUGUGUAUGAGAAAGGUGAGAUGCGUCCGCUAGUGGAGACCUUCCCCUUUCCCUUCUUCUUGGUGGUGAGGGAUCUGGAGACUCUGCCACAAGCUUUGUCAACUGCACUUCGACAGUGGUUUGAGCUUGUUACAGCAGAUGCCAAGCAUUGAUGUGUAAUGUUUGGAGAAAUAUGAUAGCAUGUUUAUUUAUGAAGAAUUAUUAUUUUUGUUGAACUUUUGUAAACCUGUUACAAUAAAUGUAAAAGUUACAAAUGAGUACGUAGGGAUGUAAAUGUUAUAAAUAUUAGCCUAAUUUAUAAGAAAUAAAUUCUUAUAUAAAGACCAAGAAUGUGAAAUAUUCA